CAUAUUUCUGUAAUUUUUUAUUUGCCAUUGUUGGUACUGCUGUCAUCUCCGGAUUGAUACAUUGGCUCGAAGCUCUGGUGGUGUAGCUGCUCGCAUGCCCUUGAUCAGGGAGCAGCUUAAGGAUUCCUCAAAGGUUAGCUUCAGGGUUCAGUAUCCCCCCAUAACUCUAUAAACAUUUCAAGAGAGGACUGCAGGGAAUUUAACCAAACUAAAUAUGGAAAUAAAUGGUCACACUCACACAAUGAAUGUUGUUUGCCAUUUAUCUAUCUGUUUAUACGUGGUAGUAAUGGGAUCUUCAUGCUCUAUGAAUCAGAAGAACAACAUGUUUGAUCUUAGAAUUUUCCUACAAUGAAACUUUAAUGAUUCUACAAAGGUUGUUUCGUUAUCUACUUUUGACUGCAUUACCAAGCCUGACUAAAUUUAAAACUUAGCUUAUGUAUGGGUUGGAGAAUAUAUAUUGAUCUAGGCUAAAGAGAUUCCCAAUUCUGAUGAAACUUGGGAUUGGCGCCCUUCAGAAGCUUCUCUAUAUUGUAUCCAAGCUAUAUCAAGUUAUGUCUCAGUUGUUGAAGCUGAAGUAUGCCUCAGGUAUGGUUACGAACUCCAGAAGUCUCCGAUAAUUUUUGCACUAGGGAUGUGAUAGACACGACUAAUUUACAAGCAAGGCACUUUUAUCUAACGAAGCCUAAACUGCUAUCUUCUUGUUGCUUAAUUAUAAUUCCAAAAUCCUUAUGCCGUGUAAAUCUUGACCUACAGAGUGCCCAGAUGUUGGGCUUUGCACUCUCCUUUCUAAGAUAUCAUAAAAUUCACAUAACUUUAUGUAAUUUUGGAUAGGUUUACGUGACUGUUAUGUUGUCAUUUCCAUAGACUACAUUAUCAUGAAUAUAAAGCAUGGGAGGUUGAGCCAUGUGGGCGUUGGUUCCAAAACUCCCUCUUCAACCUCAAUUACAUCAGACAGUGAUAGAGAUUCUUAUGAGUGGCAUGAGUGCCUCUGAAGAUUCUGCAGCAGCUGCAGCUUUGGCCUUUAGGCACAUCUGUAAUGGACCAGCAGAUGAUUAUUUUUUGUUGGCGUCUCGAUGCAUCCUCUAUUGCGGUCAUCUUUUUGAUGCAUCAGCUGUAUUCCCACCUUUAGCUGAUGGUGCGAUGAUUGGCAAUACGACACAGGUAUCGUUUUCUCUUCUUUUUGAAUGUUCGAAUUUAACAUGUACUCACCUUGCAAAGAAGAUGUUUCUUAAAGAAGCCUGCAAUUCGAUAAUGACAUCUUUAUCAGAUGUCUUGGACCUUGCAAACUCUAGUUGAGGAAUCUAUCCGGGAUACUAUUGUAGUUCCUCGAGGUCCAAGUGUCUCUAGAAUUUUGAGAGCCUCAUUACUGGAGCACUCCCUAGUUAUCGACUAGAAGUGGUAUGCAUAUUUAACCAUAUUACUUACUACAUUGCUGCUCACAACUUUGGGUAACGUUGAUCGUACAUUUCUUUGUUGGUUUGAGACAUCGAUAGAGAAUCUUAAAACAUUUCUCUGCUAAUGUAGUUGCUUACUAAAGAGGAUUCUAGGAAUUCAACCAAAAGUAACAACAAAUAUCCCUGUUGGUUCAGUGGAAAUACAUCACAUUCCAUGAGUCAAUGAAACCAUCUCUUAUGAAAUUAGAAACCAUUAGUCUGUUCGAAUGGUUGACUUCAAAUGUUAUCAAUAUAUUUCAGGUUACAUAUGCUUUACUAGCCUUCAGGAGGGCCUAUGAAUGAACCUAUGGCACUUGAGUGGGCCAAAGAAAGCAUUUUAUUGAUUCCAUCAACAGCUGUAACAGAAAUGGAGUGUUCAAGAUUUCUUCAAGCUUUAUCAGAAGCAGCAUCUGGGGUUGAUAUUUCAGUAUUUAAGGCCAAGCACUAUGGUGCCCUUUAUCCCUUCCAUAUCCCUCGGGAAAAACUCAAAACCCUACUACUAUGGUCUCCCAUAUCCCUAGCAGGGGUAUUCCAUGUAAAAUUGUGAUUGUAAUUUACAC